GCCCCAUCGAAUAAGUAUGUCGGGACGUGGCAAAGGCGGCAAGGGCCUCGGCAAGGGCGGAGCCAAGCGCCAUCGCAAGGUCCUCCGCGACAACAUUCAGGGUAUCACUAAACCUGCUAUCCGCCGACUGGCUCGUCGUGGUGGUGUCAAGCGUAUCUCUGGCUUGAUCUACGAAGAAACCCGCGGUGUCCUCAAGGUGUUUUUGGAAAACGUCAUUCGCGACUCGGUCACGUACACAGAACAUGCUCGACGUAAAACAGUCACAGCCAUGGAUGUCGUGUACGCGUUGAAGCGCCAAGGCCGCACACUGUAUGGGUUCGGUGGUUAAGCAUGCCGUUGGCGCGACCACGCUGCACGUAGCCACGACUGUAUCAUACAUAAUACGACCAUUCUAUGCUGGACCCGGUUAAUCAACAUACUUUCGCUGUACUCUCAA